AACCGUGAACAGUCCUGCCCCGCGGUGACGUAGAGGUGGGCGGGGCCCGGGGAGCUGAGCUGAGGUGACCGCCUCUUUCCCGGCGGCUGCCGGCCGCAUCCAGGCCCGGUCCGGCCCCGCCCCGCGCCGCCGGGCAUGGCCGCCGCCGCGCCAGCCCAGUUCCCGGAGGCCUUUGAGGACGUGGCGCUGUACUUCACCCAGAAGGAGUGGGAGCUGUUGGGAGAUGGAGACAAAGUGCUUUACCAGGACCAGAUGCUAAGGAAUUACCAAGCCCUUGUUUCCCUGGGAUGUCAAGGUCCCAUGCCAGACUUGAUCAACCGCAUCCAGCGAGGGGAGCUGGAGCUUUGGGUCUGUGAUGAUGAAGACCUUGGAGAAAAUGCAUGGUUUGAGGGUCUGUCCCCAGAUUUGUCUGACAUGGAAGACACCUGGGACUUGUUGGCAGAAGAAAAAUUUAUGGACUUGUUCCCUGGACCAGACCUUUCCCUGAAAACAGGUUCCUGGACACCACUAAGAGGCUACUAUUCAGCUCUGCUUGAAGAGCCCACAGACCUAAACCCAUUUGCAGCCAGCAACCAGCUCCCUGCACUAUGGGGACAGAGAGCAGCUGAGCCCCAAAUGAGCCCUGUGUACAGAGAAGGAUUCAAGGAGCAGAGAGACGUGAGGAGCCAGGAGGGCAGGGCUUACAGCGGAGAGGUGUUGUAUCCAUACAGCACAGAUAUGUUGUUUAAAAGCAGAGUGUGUGAUGAGAACUUCUGGGAUCAACAGGAGCUCAGGGGGACCCACAGGAGGGAGACAACAGCCCAUGCCUGUGCCCAGUGCGGAAAGAGCUUCCGCUACAAAUCCCGUCUCCUGGAGCACCAGAGAACGCAUUCAGGGGAGCGCCCCCACCUCUGCGGGGACUGUGGGAAGAGCUUUGCCUCUCCAUCCCAACUCCGAGUCCACCGGCGCAUCCACACUGGGGAGAAGCCAUACCACUGCAGCCACUGUGGAAAGAGUUUUAACCAAGCCUCCCCCUUGCAAGUCCACCAGCGCAUCCACACCGGAGAGAAGCCCUACCGCUGUGACCAGUGUGGGAAGAGCUUCCGGCAGAGCUCUGCUCUCAUCCAGCACCAGCAUGUCCACAGUGGGGAGAAACCACACUGUACGGAGUGUGGAAAGAGCUUCAAUAGCCCAUCCCACCUACGAGUGCACCGGCGCCUGCACACCGGGGAGAAGCCCCAUCGCUGCCCAGAGUGUGGGAAGAGCUUCAACAGCUCGUCUCACCUCCGUGUGCAUCGGCGCGUGCACACCGGGGAGAAGCCAUAUGGUUGUGCUGAAUGUGAGAAAAGCUUCACCCGCCCUGACCUGCUUCGUGUCCACCUGCGUGUGCACACGGGGGAGAAACCUUAUCACUGCACAGAGUGUGGGAAGAGCUUCACCCGCCCAUCCAACCUCCAGUCUCACCAGCGUGUCCACACCGGGGAGAAGCCAUACCGCUGUGGGCAGUGUGGCAAGCGUUUCACCCGCCCAUCCUACCUCCGUGUGCACCAGGGCAUGCACGCUGGAGAGGAGGAGCUUGUACCACAAUCUUGAAUGUGAGAAGUGCUUCGGGCCUAGCUCAGAUUUCACCAAGCGCAAAAGAGCCCACAUGCCAGACCAUUGGUAUUGAUGCAGGGCAGCUUCUGCCAGGUUUUGCCUCAACUAGCUCCCCACCACCUGUACCAUGUUGGGGAGGUUUGGGAAAUCCCCCACCUCCUCAUUCACCAGGCACUGGGUUGUCCACAUACCCAGGGCCAUGGCAAAAGGGAGUCACAGAGAGGGGAGAAGAGGUUUGGGGCAUGUGUGCUGCAGAGAUAGGGGCACUGACUGGCUGCCCAUUCCUGGGGUGCUGUGCUGGGGAUUGCAAGCCAGGGAGGGGGAUAGGGUGUAUAGAGGUGGUGGGGGUGUUGUGAUGGGGGGAGGGGAGGAUUGUAGUGGGGGUGUUGAGUGACAGCAUGGGAUCCACAGCAGCAGGCUGGCUGAUCUGAGUGAGGGCAGGAGGCUUCAAGGUGUGAUGGGACCAGGGUUGGGUUUGGCUGGGCCAGGCUUGCGUCUAGCUGGAACAACCAGGUAGAGGAUAGGGGAAGAUCGCUGUCAUUAACAAUAAACUGAAUCAGGCAACAGAGGAAAUCUGGGCCUGGAUGAGAGCAGGAGCUGCCUCAGUGAGCUGAGCCCUGGAAGCAGUGCAGAGGGAGGGAUGGGAGCAUGGGCUGGUGCCAAACAAUUUCCUCAUUGUGGCUUCCCAUUUGUGGCUGCCUAUCCCUGCAAGCAGCCCUGGUUUUGGAGCUCUCACUGUGCCCAAGGCAUCUCUCCAGAGGGGGGCAGCCCUGAUUGCAUUCCUUUGGGUCCCUCAUCCACCAUCACCACAUGCUGCAUGUGCUCCCAACUAGCCUGUGUCCAGGAGGCAUGUUAACCUGUUCCUUCCCUGGGCAGAACAGCCUAGGAAGGGGCAGGAAAAAUGAGGCCUGCCUCAUGGUAAGAGGGGGAGCAGAACGCUCAUAGUCUCUGGGGUCAGUAGCUACAGCAGUGUUUGCUGGGUCAGGAGGUGACCCUGAGCUACUCCAGAGGAUGUUACCCAAGGACCCAGCUGCAGUAUGGCAGUGGAUACUCAGCAAGGACAGGACAGUUAUCAGGAAGGACAAAGGAAGGGUUCUGGGCACCUGUUGCCUUUCUCCAUCCGCCCUCCUCCAGUCUCCACCCCAGAUCUGGAGAAUGACACAGGAGACAUUUGGAAUCUACCUUGCCUUAUCUCUGAAUUUAACUCCCCACCUACCCUGUGCCAGGCAGUGAGGCCUGCAAGUCGGGCACUGCUUUUCCUACCAAGCCGAACACAUCAGAGAGGUGAGAGAGUCCAAUGAAAUCCACUGUGGAGUUAUUGCCCAGGCCUUCAAAUGUGCCAGUUCUACUUGAUGCUCUUUCUGCUCCCCCCAGGAAGGAACCUCACCUGCCUCUCAUUAAAAGGAGCAGGAUGCAAAGGAAUCUGUGACUGAAGGACCUUGGGGGAAAUGGGACAAAGGGAGACCCCAGGGCAGCAAAGCCAAUUCUGAUUCUCUUGGGAGGGGAAGGAAAGGCAGGAACAGCCCCUGCUAGGAAGCCUGAAGCCCAGCUCCCAUUCAUGUACUUGAUAAGUCACUAGACCCUGAUUGUCUCCUUUAAAAUCUAAUACAAGUAGAUGAUUGUCCAGUGUCCUGAUCAAAUAAUGAAAUGACUGAAGUUGUAGUUGUGGCUAUUGUAGCAUUGAAUGAACUUUUUAAUUCUG